AUGCAGACACUGGUGAUGCAUCAUCAUACUUCCGUCAGAGCUCCGCGACCCUCGUCCUCAAUCCUCCGGUCCUAUGCGACGCAAAGCAGCUUAGGCGGGAAUGGCGCAUCCUCCAGCUCGGGUCCAACAAGAAAACAGAUCUCAGUAAUGACGGACGAUGGGCGGUAUCGAUGGGGGGAGCUGAGUGGCGGUGAAAAGGUUGCUCGAGCCACGCAGCAGUCAUUCAACUUUCUAAUUGUAGCCCUCGGCGUGGUCAUGACGGGCGGUGUUAUUACACUCUUGUAUACCGAUGUUUUCUCCCCGAAUAGCAAAACCUGGCAGUUUGAAAAAGCGGUCGGUCGUAUCAAGGACGACCCCCGAUGUACAGCCCUGCUUGGCGAUAGCAAGAAAAUCAAAGCGUAUGGGGAGGCAACAUGGAACAAAUGGGCUCGGAAUAGGCCAAUUGCCACAACGGUUCAAAAAGACUCGAUCGGGAGGGAGCAUAUGAGAAUACACUUCAAUGUUGAGGGGCCUUUGAAUCGAGGCGUUGUGCACGUGCACAUGAUCAAGCCCGUCGAUGAACACCAAUACCAUUAUCGGCUUCUGGCCUUGGAUGUGCAAGGACAUCCCCGCAUAAUCCUCGAACAAACCAGUGACACCUCAUUAGGAGGAAAGAAAUCGCCAUUGAAAAUCUUGGGUAUUAACUGGCGUUGA